GACAGAACUCCAUACGUUGAACCCUGUACUAGGGAUAGUGUAACUGAUUGAAUCAAAAUGUGUGAAUUUGUCAUUAUGCCCCCUAUCCCCGCAAGGCCAACCGAGUUGCAUGAACUUGGACGUGCAUUUGCUCAACAUUACUAUACCAAAAUAUGUGUUGGUAGGCAAGAGCUUGACCAGUUAUAUGCACCGGAUUCUGUAAUGACUUUUGAAGGUUUGGAAUGUUCUGGAAGAGAAGCAGUGAUGGCUAAACUUAAGGCACUUACAUUCAAGUCAAUCCAUUACUCCAUUACAUCAAUUGAUUGUCAACCCACUGGAUUACCAAACACAGUCUUUCUUAUGGUGCUGGGUCAAUUGAAGACUGAUGAGGACCCACCGCAUAGUUUCUGUCAAACUUUCAUUCUACGUGGUUUUGAAGCGUCAUUUUUCAUUGUCAAUGAUGUAUUUAGGAUGGUUUUGCAUAACGCAUAGAUUGAUGUUUCUGGCAAAACCCAUUUCAAUCUGUUGUUAUGGAUUACUUUUCUGGACGAUGACUAUUGUUGAAUGAUUCUGCGAAACAUACAGUCUGUCUGCCACGUAUGAGCGAGCAAAGUGAAUGAAAAUGUAAUGUAUGUGUGCCUGUGUGUAUGUUUUUCAAUACGAAAUACUUAGUCUUGUCAUUUUAUCUAAAAUGUGAUAGUAAUAUUGUUUGUGUGAACAAGUACACGUGCUUCGUCAAAAUUUGUCUAUUGACCAAAGGUUUUUUGUCAUAAAUUACAUUUGCUGCGAACA